AGAGAUGGCAAUUCCAUAGUAUUGGGUUGAUUUUAAAGAAGCUUCUUCACACUGGAAAUUCAUUAAAGAUACGUCGAGAGGGUGUGCGUCUCUUUCUUUUGUGGCUGCAAGCACUUCAGAAUAACUGUAGUAAAGAACAAUUAUGGAUGUUUUCUUGCUUGAUUCCUGGAUUUUCAUCACCACAGUCUGAAUAUGGUCCCCGAACACUAGACAAUCUUAUUAACCCCCCACUUAAUGUUCAAGAAACUCAAGUGACUAUAGAGGAAAUCACUCCACUUGUUCCUCCACAAUCAGGAGAUAAAGGACAAGAAGAUUUAACAAGCUAUUUCUUAGAAGCACUUUUGAAAUACAUAGUAAUUCAGGUUAAGAGUUUAGAAUGGAAGAACAAAGAAAACCAGGAAAAGGGAUUUUCAUUUUUAUUCUCAAAUUUUAAGAAAUACUACUUACCUUCUAUUUUCCCAAACAUCUGUAAGGAGACCAGCUUGUAUAACCCUAUACUUGAUAUACCACAAAUGAGACCAAAGCCACACUACGUAAUGGUUAAGAAAGAUGCUGAAACCAAUGAGGCAGUAUAUUGCACAAAGGAACCUUUUAUUAAGGCUCGUGUUAUUGUCAUUCGAUGGCUGGUGUCUUUCUGGCUUGAGCCAAAACCUCAUACAGGACCUCAUAUUCCUGGGAUGGAAGGUGAAAAUGUGCCAAAGAAUAUUCAGAGAGCAGCUGCUAGCAUGGCUUCAAGGGAAGACAGCAAAAAUGACAGUACUGAUAAGCAGGAUAGAAAUGCAGAGCCAGAACAAUCUCAUUCUAAUACAAGUACUCUAACAGAGAGAGAACCAAGUUCUUCCAGCCUUUGCAGUAUUGAUGAAGAGCAUUUAACCGAUAUUGAAAUUGUCCGGAAAGUCUUUUCUUCUAAAAGAAGCAAUGUUAAUUUUCUAACUGAGAUUUUUCGGCAGGCAUUUCUGUUGCCAAUAUGUGAAGCAGCUGCAAUGAGGAAAGUGGUAAAGGUGUAUCAGGAAUGGAUUCAGCAAGAAGACAAGCCUUUAUUUAUGAAAGAACCUGAAGAAAUAAUGCAGUGCACAACUGUAGAUUGUGAUGAAAAUGCUGUUGACCACAAUUCAUCAGAGAAAGCAAAAGAAAGAGAAGAAGAGAAAGGGAUGAACUCCAGUCAUGGUAGAAAUUCAAACUGGGCAAGAAAUGGCUGUUAUGAAGACCCUUUGCAUAAAAUGUCUGAAAUUGAUACUGAAGAGCAAAAUGUACGAGCUGGAGUGCAGUCAGUAUUGCAG